UGUAGGCUUGGAGAAAUAUCUUGUGCGUCUGAUCUAUUUGGAUUUCAGCGAUUGUCGGCUGUCGUACCCGGCUCGGGCGCUUGCAGUGCAUCGUCUUUUAGUGCUGUCGUAGAGAUGGCUGUACGUGGUACUAUUUGUCGAAUGAAAGUGAUAUUAGUUUAUGAUCUAAGUCGUGCGUUUACCUUGCCAUGCGUUGUCGGUGCAGGUUCCUCCAAUAAGGGGAGCUGGGCCGGGCGGCCUCACCACAACAGACAGCUGUGCACCGGAAGGUGUCAUUCUACCUUCUCGAGGCAUCUUCAUCACGCCACCCAACAAUCUACAGCAUCUGCAGCACUUUCGACUGCUGCGAAGGACGCAAUCAAAGAUGCCAACCAUCAAGUUACUGUAGAGUACUUCCGAGGGUUGCCGCAGGUGACAGUGCCUUUGCCAUCACGCAAAGAACGCUGCAAAUUCACACUGCGACCAAUAAGCAACACUGUCGGCGAUUUCCUCAACAUGUUACGAUUGGAGGACCGAGGUAUCGACCGCGUCAUUAUAAACACUCCAGAUGGUGUUCGAAUUGCAUCUUCUAAUACGAUAGAAGCUCUCAUGGAGGAUGAUUUUAUACUCGUUGUGAAUGAUAAUAAGUACUUAGUAAAAGCGCCAGAACAAGAACGUUUGAGCAAGAAGGAAUUGGAGAGACUGUCCGAUGUGCGCAACCUUGUAAAUCAGUUGUACGAAGCUCUAAACGUGGAAGAGCAUCAGUUGAAAAAGGAGCGACAAUUAAGCAAGCAAUUAGAAGGCCUUAAGCUUGAACUGAAACCACUAGAGGAGAAAAGAAAUGAACUGGAUUCGAUGGCGAACAGGCGAACAAAUAUGCUCACUUGGCUGGGUUUGGGACUGAUGUCUGUACAAUUUGGAAUAUUAGCCCGUCUUACUUGGUGGGAAUAUUCGUGGGAUAUCAUGGAGCCCAUUACUUAUUUUGUGACCUAUGGUACUGCCAUGGCUGCCUAUUCAUAUUACGUCCUCACAAAACAGGAGUAUAUACUGCCUGAUGUGAAAGACAGACAACAUUUGAUCAUCUUCCACAGACGUGCUCGCAAACUUGGACUGGAUCUUCAAAGAUAUAAUGAUCUUAAAGAUAAUAUUUCCAAAAUAGAAGCUGACCUUCAACGUUUACGAGAUCCACUUCAUAUGCAUCUUCCUGUUCAUCAAAACUUUCUGAAUUCAUCAGACGAGCCUAAAUCAGCUUUUCAGCGUGCCCAAGAACAAUUGCGAUUACUUGUAAACAAAACUAAAUGAUUACGACCUACCUCAUAAGGGGAGCAAAAAUAAACUGUUGGCUAAUACGUACCAGAUUUUCAAAAGAAGUUUGUAGAUAGUUGAUACAGACAUAAGUGAAAUGGGAAGUUACAAGAAGCCCAAUGUAUUUUGUUUUAACUAUCUUUAAUAGUGAACAAAUUCCACAUAAAAAUAAUACACAAAUACCGUGACAUAGUUAUGUCAGUUUGUAAGUCUGAUGGAAUAUGACAUCAAAGUUAAGCUAAGUUGUGGUUGAGCAAUACCCCAUUUACUAUUAAACCAAACAGGCAUUUUUGAAUAUGUAUGUACUCCCAUAACUUUAAAAAGUAUGUUUAUGUACUUCUGCCUUUUUGUGCUAUUUGCAAAAAGGAUUUGAGGCUUUACAUUCUCAGGUAUAAAACUAGUAUGUAAUUUGUCUAUGCUGGUAUUUUGUAUUGUUUUUACAUUAAACUAUAUUUAUAUGUCAUUAGUACAUGUAAGUAUUGAGUUAAAUUUAUCAUUGUAAAAUUAAUAUAACAAGUUAUCUCAAAUAAAAAAAUAUAAGAAUAUUUAAAUUUUCAAUAAAAUUUAUUGUAUAAUACGUCGAAAAGGGCCCUAAAAUUUUUCAGCUUAAAAUUUUUAUAUUUUCAGUAUUUAAAGAAAGUAAUGAAAAGUGUAUGCAUUAUGUCAAACUUUAGAAUAUAUGUACAUUAUCUUUAUCAUAAGAAUACUUUUAUCACCUGUAAAAUUACUUAUCUAGAAAGAGGCAUUACAUAUUGUUAUGUGUUAGUCUCGCCUCUUUUUCCUUCUCAUGCAUGUGAAACACCCUGGCUUAUUCUAUAGUGUUAAGUUAUAAAAUGAAAACAUGAAAGAUAACUUCUGAAACCUGUCUUCCUUGUGCUCUUUACAAAUACCUAUACCUGUAACCAGGUUUCGUUACUGUCUUUUGUCAAUACCUUCCAUAUUGUAAUACCCUUGAAAUUGCUUCAUGUACUGUUAGUGUAAUCUAAAUCUUGUGUAAUGGAAUGUAGUAUUUCACAUGUUUGUGCCCAGAAAGUUUUCAGUAGAGCACUUAUUUUAAUGGGCUCCUAAUCACUUAAUACUGAUUUAUUUGCACAAAUAUUUCUGUACUUGAAUUCGGGCAGACUUAUAAGUAGCUCUUCAGCUCGACAUUUGCUAUUAAGGUCACAUUGUGAGCUCUCUUGUUACUCAGUGUAUUUUCGUAGAACUGUUACCAUCCUUCUAUGAGUAGUAGUACUCCAUUAUGAUAUAUUCCAGGAAUCUUUGUGGGCUGCUUGUGAAUUUUGAUGGUUAGUCCACAAUUGGUAGGAAGUUUGGUUUUGUUGCAGAUUCAUGUUUAGCAGACCUUUACUUUUAUUGUAGGUUACUUUUGUUAAUGGAUGAGUUUUAUGUAGGCCAAAUAGGUGAUUAGGCAUCCACAAAUAAUGUUUACUAUUCCCUAAAAUAGUUUUGAGUUAGCUCAUGGACUUGUAUGAAAGUAAGCAUUAAAAAUAUUUAUGUUUUCACUUAACUCAAUACAGCUUAGGUAAGAAAUUUGACAAUGAUAGACCAAAAUACAUUAGCUUCUGUGGUGGAGUUACACAAAAAAUUUGUCCAGUUCACCAGUAAUGAAAACUGAAGAUUUUUAAUGUCAGAGAAAUUUACUCAAGCAUUGAAGGAUUAUUCUGCAACUUGAGUGUCUGGUUUGGAAAGUAUUGAACAGUAUCAGUAGUUUUUAUGUUAGGGCAGUUACUUAACAUACAGUUUUUACUUUUGCCCAAUAUUAAAAUAAUUGCCAUGAUCUCCAGAAAUUAUUACUAUUAUCAAAUAAUUGAUAAGACUAAAGUUUGUUGUUUUUGAUCAUCUCUAAGGAUAACCCAUAUUUGUAAAUUUUAGCAGAUUUAAAUUUUAUUAAUUAUUUUAUUUAAACAUCAUUUUUAAUCAUUUAAAAAAUAUCUAAAAUGUAUUUUAGUGAAAUUUUUUUUACAGUAAUGCAUAUAGUUUUGAACGAAAUAGUUCUUGAUAACUUAAAAAAUUUCCAUUGGGCCAAAUUUUUAAUAUCCCUGCAAAGCUAUGCUUGGCUUUGACCAGAAAAAUCAAUUAUACCGGUAUGCAAUAAUUAACAUUGAACAUUUACGGAUAUGACAACAAUAUACUGGAUAAGCCAAUACCGGUAAUAAUUUUUUUUAUAUAUGCAAAUCAUGGGGGGGAAAAAUCAUAUAUUUUGACUUUAAAAAAUUUAUGAUCAAAUUAUCUUUUCCCACACACACACACACACACACACACACACACACACACACACACACACACACACACACACACACACACACACACACACACACACACACACACACACACACACACACACACACACACACACACACACACACACACACACACACACACACACACACACACACACACACACACACACACACACACACACACACACACACACACACACACACACACACACACACACACACACACACACACACACACACACACACACACACACACACACACACACACACACACACACACACACACACACACACACACACACACACACACACACACACACACACACACACACACACACACACACACACACACACACACACACACACACACACACACACACACACACACACACACACACACACACACACACACACACACACACACACACACACACACACACACACACACACACACACACACACACACACACACACACACACACACACACACACACACACACACACACACACACACACACACACACACACACACACACACACACACACACAAUAUGUGUGUGUGUGUAUGUAUAAAUUUUUGUACACAAAAUGUUUACGUUACUAAAAUCUUUACUUAAUUAAAAAUUGCUGAUAGAAAUAAUGUUUAAAAACAUAUAUUAUAUUUAAUACUUAAACAUUUUGUACAUUCAGUACAUAAUUAUUUAUGAUACAAAAUAUUUUAUUUGUAAGUAUUUUGUAAUAAUUUGAACUUCAUCACAUUAGCUAAUCUAUAUAUUUUUACUUUCAAUCUUAUUUAAAACAUUUCAAAUUUUAGAUACAAAUUUAAUCCAUGAAACAAUUUACUCUAAUGUUACCAUAAAUUAUGUUGCUAUGAAAUUAUGAUAUACAUUUGAUUGCUUUAUAAAAAUUUUGACCUUUUUACAAAUUACUAUUGGAUGGCCAAGAAAAUGUCUUGUUAAAAAAACCACUUAACAAAUACGUAUUACACUUUCUUUUUCCUGUGUAUAUGCAGAAUCAAAAGGUUGUGCUUUGCCUGUGCAGUCCAAAAUAAUUGUAUUUAUUUACACUAUCUUUGUAACAUAGCAAUAGUGUGAAUGAAGUCAAAUGACUUUAACAAUGCUACAUGAUUGGCUAUAGUUUACUUUUCAAGACUAAAUUUACAAUAGUUAUCUGCAGUGUCACAAAAAAAAGGCUGUAAAAACUGAAACGAAUUUGUUUGUAAUACUAUUGAUAAUGAUUUGUGAUAAUCUAGUGUGCCAACGGAGUCCCACAUACAUAAUUUAAAGUAAUUAGCAAAUAUUUUAUCAAAUGUGAUAUCCAAUUUGUAAGAAGUGUUUUAUCUUAACACAUAGUUGUAAUUUAUUAUUUGGCAAUUCUUUCUACAUUGAAUUGUAUUUAUUUUAGAAACAACACAAGAUAGAAGAAGUAGUAGUAUGUAUUUUUUUUAAAAAAACUUGAAUUUUUUUAUUGCAUUAUGUAAACAAAAAAAUAAAAUUAUGUUUAUAAUGAUUAAAUGUAAUAAUUUUGUAAUGUUUCUUUGAUUUGGACUCUCAUUAUAAAUUUAUACCAAAGGAACAUUUCUGUAGCAUCUAUCAAUUCUUUGACUGAAGAGAUAUCAGUCUAUUCAUGUGUCGAUUCUUUUCUACUUAUAACAUUCUGUACAAUAACAUCUUAACUUAUUAAUUAGUUCAUAAAAAAACUUUGGUUAAAAUGAUUGAAUAUUUCAUUAAAAAAAGUUGAUAUAACUUUGGAAUAUACUGGUACCAUAAAUUACAGGAAUAAUUAAAGAAAUAUUUAUUUUUAAAAAUAAUACGUUUAUAUGUGUAAUUUAUUACAAUUAUUUUUAUUCAGGCAUGCUUUAAAAAUUUUGUAAAUAAGCAAGAAAAUGUUUCCAAGUCUGUACUAAAAGUAAAAUAAUUAAUUCCUUUUCACAGUGACAUAAUCUAAUAAAGAGCCUUGUUUUCUAUAAU